CCUUAACUCCUCGUUAAUGGCAAUCGUGUCGCAACCCACAAACCACCGCCAUUCCCCCCACGAUCUUUGCAUUAUAUAUAAUCAUUCUCAUACAAAUUGACCCAAUUCAUUGUAUCUGAAAGUAGAUUAAAACCCCCCUUUUCUGCAGACAGAUGAUGGUGGAGUUCCAUGGAGAAAUCCCAGAAGACUCUCACGAUGGAGACGAAGAACAGGAAGAGGAAAUUAGCUACGAUGAUCUUAAGAAACGAAUGUGGAAAGACAGACAGAGGUUGAAAAAGAUGAAGGAGAAUCGUGAUCAUGAAGAGUUUGAAUGGGCGGCCAGAGAAGAAGCUUCUCGCCGGAAGAAAAUGUCCAGAGCUCAAGAUUCGAUUCUCAAGUACAUGGAUAAGAUAAUGGAUUCUUGUAAGGCACAAGGGUUUGUUUAUGGGAUCGUGCCGGAAAAGGGUAAACCGAUCACCGGCUCUUCCGAGAGCCUCCGUGAGUGGUGGCAGGACAAGGUUCGGUUCGAACAGAAUGCUCCACUGAACAUCGCGAAUCUCCUUCCGAGAGUGAUCGAAGAAGCGGGGCUUGAUACCAAAUCGUUUCUGCACCUACUCCAAGAAUUGCAGGACACAACUUUAGGGUCGAUUCUGUCGGCUCUGAUGCAGCACUGUAUUCCGCCGCAGAGGAAAUUCCCGUUGGACAAGGGUCUGGCGCCGCCGUGGUGGCCGACGGGGAAGGAGCUUUGGUGGGGCGAACAAGGCGUCGCCGGUGGGCAGGGCGUUCCACCAUAUAAAAAGCCUCAUGAUCUCAAGAAGUCCUGGAAAAUCAGUGUCCUUGCGGCGGUGAUUAAACACAUGUCUCUUGAUUUGGGCAACAUGAGGAAAUUGGUUCGACAAUCGAAGAAUUUACAGGCGAAAAUGACGGCGAAAGAGACGAUUACUUGGACUAAGGUCGUGAAUCAAGAAGAAGCUCUCUUGCAAUUGACCAAAAACAGCCUCAAAAUAACAUCAGACGAAGAAGAUCAAGAACAAUACCACCAAAACAGAGGACACGAAAACAGGGCAGAACAAGGCACCGGCGGGAUUGUUACGAAACGGAAGUGCGAAUUCGAACGAGAAGCCACUGCUGAUUCAGCGGUGUACGCUUGCCAGAACGAAUGGUGCCCACAAAGCGAGGCGCCAAAGGGGUUCGCCGACAAGAACGCGAGAACAGAGCACGAGACGCAGUGCGUUUACAGAGCCGACGGCGUGGGGCAAUUUUCUAACGAACAGUCGAUCGACACGCAUUUGAUGAGCGUGGUGGAGUGGAUGAACUGGGAGCUGUCGAGGGCAGAGCCGAGCAGCGGCGAGUCGAGGAUUGACGACGGCGGAUAUGGGUCGGGUAGCAGCACAGUGGAUGGCAGUGGGUAUUGGAAGGGCGGCAUCGGAGAGGCAGCGGUGGAUGGGUCGGGUUGCAGCACGGUGGAGGAUUAUGGGAGUGGGUUUUGGAAGGGCGGCAUCGGAGAGGCAGCAGUGGACGAGGCGUUUGAGAUGCAUAGAGAGAGUAUGGAUUUGAAUGCGAGUCCGGCGGACGAUUUGCAAUGCCAACAAGAUGCAACUUCGAUUUGGGAUUUGAGAUAUGAAUGGAGUGAAGAAUAAAGAAUUAGUGUUGAAUUUUGACAGAUUUUGAGUGCCUAAAUAAUUGGGCUGUCUAUUUGUGUUGGUCUCAAUUCAGCCCUAUAAACAAGUCUUGAAUGCUUAUGCCUAAAAUUAGAGUUCCACUAGGAGUUUAUCAAAGAUUUAGAUAAUUUGUUUCCAAACAUAUAAUAAGGUAAUGCUACAAUCAAAUGACAAGGCUCUGUCAAAAGAGGAGAAUAUGUUUUUGAAAUACGUACUAUUGCUGUCAAGGAAAUGCCAAUCAACAAGCGGUUAAAGAACAUCAUCCAUUGUCCAAGGCAAU